UUUCCAAAUCAGUUUGAAGUGAUUCGUCACUGCGAAAUAGUUAUCAAAAUGAAAUAUCCCACAAUAGUAUUAUUCGCUCUGGCCGCACUCGUUUUGCCAACGCUGGCGUCCAAUGACUACCUGUGGGGCACAAUCGGCGACAACGACUACAAAUUGGCCAAGGAUACCGUUUCGAAGGCAUUCUUCGUGGGCGUGGUGCAGAAGAAAACCUAUGUGUUCAAGCAGUCGAACAACCUGGACGCCCUGACCAUUACCGCCAUUAAAGUUACGGACAAAAAGAAAUCGAACGGAGCCACCGUGGUUUUAUCCAGUGGAGGUCCUGGAUCCAAGGGAGCUACCCUUAAAUUUACCUCCGAGAGGGGCUGCGGUAUCAGUGAUUUGGUGGAAAUAUGGGGCCGUUGAAAUGCAUUUCACAAACGUGUCUAUGUGCAGAAAUAAUAAGAUCCGAUGCAGCAUAA